AUGACUGUCGCAGUAGACUUCUGUAGGGCGUUAGUCACUGAGUGUUCUGGUAGUUUUGCCUUGUCGUCUCAAUAUGGUUUGGUGAAACUAUUUACUGCUCAGUUUUAUACCUGUGUGCAGCUGAAAAUAUCCUGUGAUUUGAAACAAGACAACUGGCAGACUAAAGUGAAAUUAAGAACUUGUUUAGGCCAGAUCAGUUCUCAGCAAUCACCUCUUCUUGAUAAAGAAUACGGAACACUUUAUAUUCAGGAAUACAAGAAGAACGGCAAAGUGGAGUCAAGUACAUGCAGCAGCUUCAUGGGCUUGAAGGAUCAUCUGGGGCAUGAUCUAGGCCAUCUUUAUGUGGGGAGCACUGGCACACAAAUAAAUGCAAUUGCACCUUGGUCAGUGGUGGAGAAGCCAACGAUGGAUAAGGUUAAUUCUAGGAAGGAAGAUACAGACAAGGAGGCAUCCGAAGAAACAUCUGGAAGCUCCAGCUGUGACUCUGAAGAAAGCACAAAUUCUGAUAAUGAGUCGGAGAGACUGAUUAAUAUUGCAUCAGAAUCGCACUUACUGCCUACGACUCACCGACAGCUAUGCCGAUCUCCUUGCUUAGAGCCUCAUAUAUUAAAAAGAAAUGAAAUUUUGCAAGACUUGAGGAUAGAAGAGGCUCAGAUAGUACCUAAGGAAGUCAAAAAGCCCCCUGAUGUGGUGAAAGAAUAUCAAACCAAACUGGAGUUUGCACUUAAGCUGGGUUACUCAGAAGAACAGGUUCAACUUGUGCUAAAUAAACUUGGUACCGAUGCUUUAAUAAACGAUAUUUUGGGAGAACUUGUCAAACUUGGAAAUAAAACUGAGACUGACCAGCCUGUAAGUAAUGCUAACACUAGUGUAAUGCGUGAAGCGUCUUCCAUAGAGUCUCAGAGGUCAGAGUCUCCACUGCAGGAGGAUGUGGCAGAGGACGGUGACAACCUGAGGCCAAUAGUUAUUGAUGGCAGCAAUGUGGCAAUGAGCCACGGGAACAAAGAAGUGUUUUCUUGCCGAGGAAUAAAAUUGGCCGUUGACUGGUUUUUGGAAAGAGGCCACAAGGAUGUUACAGUGUUUGUGCCAGCGUGGAGGAAAGAGCAGUCGAGACCUGAUGCUCUUAUCACAGACCAAGAAAUCUUGCGGAAAUUAGAGAAGGAGAAGAUCCUCGUGUUCACGCCGUCGCGUCGCGUGCAAGGCAGAAGGGUGGUCUGCUACGAUGACCGAUUCAUCGUCAAGCUGGCUUUCGAGUCCGAUGGCAUCAUUGUUUCCAACGACAACUACAGGGAUCUAGCUAAUGAGAAGCCAGAAUGGAAGAAGUUCAUAGAUGAACGUUUGCUGAUGUAUUCAUUUGUUAAUGACAAAUUUAUGCCUCCUGAUGAUCCUCUUGGCCGCCACGGCCCAAGUCUGGACAAUUUUCUUAGAAAGAAGCCUAUUGUACCAGAACAUAAGAAGCAGCCAUGUCCAUAUGGGAAGAAAUGUACCUAUGGACACAAAUGCAAAUACUAUCAUCCAGAAAGAGGAAAUCAGCCUCAGCGAUCCGUAGCUGAUGAACUUCGUGCCAUGUCUAGAAGCACAGCUGCCAAAACGACGAGUGAAGGAGGCCUGGUGAAAAGCAAUAGUGUCCCCUGCAGCACUAAGAGUGAUGGUGCUUCCGAGCUGAAGCGCGCUGCUCCAAAGAGGCAAUCGGAUCCUAGUAUAAGGACUCAAGUCUAUCAGGACUUGGAGGAAAAGCUUCCCACCAAAAACAAGUUGGAAACCAGGUCUGUACCUUCUUUAGUUAGUCUACCCAGUUCCUCUGCUGCAAAACCCCAAAGUCCUGCGCCUUUAGUCAACGGCCUUCCAUCYGGAGUGCACUUCCCACCUCAGGAUCAAAGAGCACAGGGACAGUAUCCCACAGUGAUGAUGGCAACCAAAAAUCACGGAACACCAAUGCCUUAUGACCAGUACCCCAAAUGUGAGUCUCCCGUGGACGUAGGGUAUUACUCUAUGCUGAAUGCCUAUUCAAACCUAAGCAUAUCUGCUCCACGUAGCCCCGAGASGCGCUUCUCCUUGGACACAGAUUACAGGAUUAGCUCCGUAGCCUCUGACUGCAGCAGUGAAGGGAGCGUGAGCUGUGGUAGCAGUGACUCCUACGUGGGCUACAGCGACCGCUCCUACGUGAGCUCCCCCGACCCCCAGCUGGAAGAGAACUUGAAGUGCCAGCACAUGCACCCCCACGGGCGCCUUAACUCCCAGCCCUUCUUACAGAGCUACCACGAGCCUCUAACACGCGUGCAGAGCUACAGCCACGAAGAACCAAAGCCCCACCACAAACCUCCCGUCCCGUACCUGGCCGUGCACCUGCAGCACCCGGCCGUCGGGGCCCGUGCCAGCUGCCCCAGCGACUACCCCGCGGCGCAGAGCGCGGCGCACUCCAAGCCCAUGCACCUGGGCAGAGCCCUGGUGGCCACRCGGAUCGACAGCGUUUCCGAUUCCCGCUUGUAUGACAGCUCCCCGGCGCGGCACAGGAAGCCUUAUUCCGGCCAGGAGGCGCUGGGGAGCUGGGAGAGGGCAGGUUACGGCGCGGACACGUACGGCUACCGGCAGCCCUACUCCCUGCCCAGCAACCCCACGCAGCCCUGCUACGAGCAGUUCGCCUUCCAGAGCCUGCCGGAGCAGCAGGAGCAGCCCUGGCGCGUGCCCUACUGCGGGCUGCCCCCGGAGCCGCCGAGGCCCCACGACACGCGGGAGAAGGUCUACGUCAACCUGUGCAACAUCUUCCCGCCCGACCUGGUGCGCGUCGUCAUGAAGAAGAACCCGCACGUGACGGACGCCCAGCAGCUGGCGGCGGCCAUCCUGGUGGAGAAAUCCCAGCUGGGCUACUGAGGCGUGUGGCAUCUCGGCCGCGKCCGCGUCCGGCAGGUUUCCGUUCAGCUCCGAGGCUGAGGGAGGUUUGCUACAAUAGCAUUUGGGAUCUCCUCCUCGGCGAGGAGGUCUUCUAGUAAUCCGUUUAUGUGAAAUACUGCCCAUGGAGUGUGCGCGUGGAGCCCCACGCGGCGCAAGGAACCCAUGAGUUUUGUGGUCCGCUCGGAAGUUUUUUAAACGGCUAUAUUCAUGGCUGCAGAAUGUCCCAGUUUUAAGUUAAUAUACAUAUAUAUAU